AGCCGGUCCACCGGGCUAUCACGUACGGUGGACUUGCUCUUAGGUGUUCCGGAGUUCCCAGAUGCCCGGCAGUGUUGUACUGUUUUAUGCCAAAGAUACAAAAAGAUAAUGCACCAACGACUGAAGGAUAAGCUCUGUACUUCAUAAAAUCUGGGAGGAGCUUCUGUCUGCUCUUCGAAACGUUUAAGGUUGCAGUGGCAACUGCGAGACUAUGGCCAAUGAGAUCAUGCAUGCGGUUCAGUACGAUAGCUAUGGCGGAGGACCUUCUGGCUUAAAGCAGCAUGUUGAAGUUCCGAUUCCAAAUCCGAGCAAAGAUGAGGUGUUGCUGAAGGUGGAGGCAGCCAGUCUAAACCCAUUUGAUUGGAAAGUUCAGAAAGGCAUGCUGUGGCCUUUUUUGCCUAGCAGGUUUCCGAACAUACCGGGUACCGAUGUAGCAGGAGAGGUUGUAAAGGUAGGCCCUGGAGUAAAAAAUUUCAAAGCUGGUGACAAAGUUGUUGCAAUGGUUAACCCUCGUAAUGGAGGUGGACUAGCUGAACUUGCCGUGACAAGGAAGAGUUUGACUGUUACAAGGCCACCGGAAGUUUCAGCAGCCACUGCUGUAGGAUUACCCGUUGCUGGUCUCACAGCUCACCAGGCCCUUGUACAACCUGCAGGGAUCAAGCUUGAUGGAAGUGGUCAGCAAGCAAACAUUCUGAUCACAGCUGCUUCAGGCGGUGUAGGACUCUAUGCGGUUCAACUAGCAAAACUCGGAAACACUCAUGUUACAGCCACUUGUGGUGCCCGCAACAUUGAACUGGUCAAGAGCCUAGGGGCUGAUGAGGUUAUUGACUAUAAGACCCCAGAAGGUGCAGCUCUUAAGAGUCCAUCCGGUCGAAAAUAUGAUGCUGUGAUCCACUGUGCAACAGGCAUUCCUUGGUCAACUUUUGAGCCUAAUUUGAGUGCGAAUGGUAAGGUAAUAGAUAUUACUCCCACCCUUGGUUCUGUGGCAAGCUUUGCAUUAAAGAAACUUACCUUUUCCAAAAAGCAAUUGGUGCCACUGCUCUUAUCUCCCAAGGCCGAUAACCUUGAUUAUCUUGUUAAGUUGGUGAAAGAAGGGAAGCUCAAGACGAUAAUUGACUCAAAGUAUCCCCUGGCUAAGGCAGAGGGCGCUUGGGCUAAAAGCAUGGAUGGCCAUGCUACUGGAAAGAUAAUUGUGGAGCCUUAGUUUUGGCCAUGCUAUGCUUUGAAUUGGCCUGUGUUAUGUAGUUACAUGAGAUGUUUGAGUAUUAUUUUAAUGGUGUUUAUUCACCAAAGCACUAUGAUGUAUUCCUCACCGUCGUCAUCCUCACUGCCUCCAUGGUUAUAGUAGUUGCUUGAUGUGUUUAGCUUGGUUGGUCGGGUUUUUUGUCAUUCUUGGUGUAUAGAAAGAUGGUAAUGAUGGGUUUGUUCUUGGUGUUAUUGACGAUAAGACUAUACUUAAUGCUCUAUGCAAGAAUGGGUUUGUGCAA